AUGCCUCCCCAGGUUCUGCCACAAGCGGAGGACUGGACAACCAACCUCAAGACAGAGCUUCUCUCAGAUCUAGAGCUGAGUGAGGAGCACCGACUGCAGAUCUCCAAGGAGUUGGUCGACCUACAGAUCACAACACAUCACCUGCGGGAGCAGCAUGAGGCUGAACUCUUUGAGCUGAAGAGUGAGGUCCUACGGCUGGAGAGCCGGGUGCUAGAGCUGGAACUGCAUGGAGAUUGCGCAGCCCCCCUAGAGGCUGGCCUGGGGCACCACCAGGAGCUGGCCCGAGGGCUCCAGCACAAGCUGCAGGGAGAAUGGAAGCGGGUGCUGGAGCAGCACAAGGCCCAGAAGCAGGCACUGGAGACCCGUGUGGCAGACCUGGGCCAGCGGCUGCAGGAAGCCCAACAGGAGGCCAGGACAGCUGGGCAGCAACUAGCUGCACAAGCCAUGGUGUUGUCUGCCUGCCAAGGCCAGCUGCGCCAGGCUGAGGCAGAGAACGCCCAGCUGCAGUUGCAGCUCAAGAAACUGAACGAAGAGUACGCCGUCCAGCUGCAGCGCUGUGCCCGAGCCGUGGCCGAGUAUGCGAACGGCACGGGCCGGGAGCCGGCCGCGGCAGCCCUCCGCACAUUCCUGGAGACCACUCUGGAGGACAUGCGGGCAGCGCACCGCCGCCGUGAGCAGCAGUUGGCCCGGGCUGCUCGUGCCUACCGCAAGCGCCUGGCAGAUGUGAGCCGUAGACACGAGGAGCUGCUGGCCGCCCGCAGUGUGCAGCAGGUGCUGGCCGACUCCACUGGGGCACCCGGGACCCCUAAAGCUACUUUUGAUGCAGCCACCUCACACCUGGAGCCACUGUCUCUGCACCUGGUCUCCGAACUUGGCCACCCGGGAGCGGCCCAGGCCAGGCUGGAGACAAAGCUCCGAAAGCUCCAGGCCCAGAAGGGGCCCAAUGAAGCCUCCCAGGGGGGCACGUCAGAGCCGCAGGGCCAGGAAGCUCCAUCCUGGGCCCAGAUCCACCAGAAGCUCCAAGACUUCUCCCGUGGCACCCAGGCGGAGCUGGAACGCGAGCGGGCACUGCUACUAGUACGGGCCACGAUGGCUGAGGAGCAACUUUCUGAGCUACGGGAGUAUGUGGACCAGCACCUCGGCAGGUACAGACAGGAGAUCCUGAGGCUGAGGAAGCUCAUGGGUACAGAGAACGCCUGGAAAGUGGGGGUCACACCUCCAAUCAAGCCCCAGCACCCAAAGACCCAAAGCCACUAG